AGUUUUGUAUCUGCAGGUGAUUCCAGGUUGGAUAAUUGCAACUUAAGUAAUGUGUUGAAUGAUUUAUUCCGACAAAUUAUGAGCCUGUAAUUGUGAAGGAUUUAACAAAUGCUAAAAAGAAAAGGCAGGGGAAGAAACCACAAGUUGAAAGUGAAGGAGGUUAAAACUACUACUACUGCGGUGUUGCCUUAUGUACCUUGCUGAGUUCAAGACAAGAGUUGAGCAUAAGGAGGCUACUGAGAAUACCCUGUUGGCUUACAAGUCUGCUCGGGACAUUGCUCUUGCUGAAUUGGCCCCUACUCAUUCCAUUAGGCUUGGGCUUGCUCUAAACUUCUCUGUGUUCUAUUAUGAGAUUUUGAAUUCACCUGACCGUGCCUGCAAUCUUACAAAACAGGUAUCUUUACUAAACCUUAACUUUCUGCGAGACCUUAACCUUAACCUAACCUUAUUAACUACAAACCUUGAGGAGGAGAGUGGUGACGAGAUUAAGGAAGCUGAAGGAAAGCGUGAAUCAAGCGAACAACAGUGAUAAAGAUGGAGAAUUGUGCUCUGUAUUUUUAGCAUGAGAUUUUGAAUUAUCGACUUGAAAGAUAUAUUUAUUAUCGACUUGAAACUAUUUAGUUGGUUUAUUUUUGUAAACAUAUGAUGGUGGUAUUAUAUGUAAAAAUCAAAGUUUAUUGGAAGUUAUUGGUGGUUGAUGAUACUUUUGGACAUUGUAUAAAUGUGGCGUGAGUACAGGUUCUACAUUUUUUGGCUUAUUGAAUAUAGAAAAUAAAUUAUUUUAUAAAACAAAAUUACACAUUA